AUGGGGCCACGUUUGUGGUGGGGACAGAGAAUCGUAUCACUGGACAAGUCAGCCAUGAACAGCACUGAAGGCUGGGAAGAUGAUGCAGAAUUUCAUAAGCAGCUGAAAGAACUUGUGCAGAGACACCUCCCACGAGGACCACCCGAAAACCCCCAUGCCGCCAUUGACACAAUCAUGGUGGCUGGAGAGCUUUCAGCUGACGCUGCGCGCCACCUGGCGGCUGCUAUCUCUGCCACUUUGCACAUAUCGACAGACAAAAUCAUUGCGGAGCAGAGUCCGUAUCGAGCUGCUUUGGGAGCUGCUUGUCACGCCUGGAUCUUGGAUACUUAUCAGAUGCGGCCGAUUGACGGCUGGCGUCCUCAAGUACACAGAAAGACCGAGCUCUAA